AUGCGUGCUCGUUACCGACGACUAGGUGACGCGGGUGAGACUCGGAUGGAAAAUUCAGAGUUGCCUCCAAGGCAGGAAAUUUCCAAAGGAACAGAGUCAUCUGAUGGGACAUCAGGAGGCCUGUAUGGGGUGGUUCCUGGGGGACCAGAAGCUGGAAAUGCCUGUGAAGAUGCUUUAAUGAAGCUAGAAGCACAACCCUCAAAGGAGGAAGGGAGCAGACUAGAAAGUGAUUUCUUGGAAAGAACAUGUGAGGAUAAAAAGAAAUCUACAAAAGAUGGAUGUGAUGAGUGUAAGGAUCUUGGGGAACAUAAGAAUCUGUCUUGUAGUCCUACAGAACAUCAGGCUCUGAAGGCACAGAAAUUAUAUCAAUGUGAUGAAUGUGGCAAAGCUUUCAAUUGGAGUUCACACCUCAUUGGCCAUCAGAGAAUCCACACUGGAGAGAAACCCUUUGUAUGUAAUGAGUGUGGCAAGGCCUUUAGGCAGACGUCUCAGCUCAUGGUUCAUCUCAGAACCCACACGGGGGAAAAGCCCUAUGAGUGCAGCAAGUGUGGAAAGACCUACCGACACAGCUCCCAUCUCAUUCAACACCAGAGACUCCAUGAUGGGGAGAAACCAUAUAAAUGUAAUGAAUGUGGAAAAGCCUUCAAUGAAAGUUACAAACUCUAUGACCACCAGCGAACCCAUACCGGGGAGAAGCCUUAUGAAUGCAAUGAAUGUGGAGCAACCUUUACUCGGAAUAAAAAUCUUCUCCGACAUCAGAGAAUUCACACUGGGGAGAAGCCUUAUGAGUGCAAUGAGUGUGACAAGGCCUUCACUCGGAAUAAAAGUCUGAUUCGACAUCAGCGACUCCACACUGGAGAAAAACCAUACAAAUGCAAGGAGUGUGGGAAAGGCUUCAGUCAGAACUCUCACCUUGCUGACCACGAACGAAUUCAUACGGGAGAAAAACCUUUUGCAUGUAAUGAGUGUGGUAAGGCAUUCAGCCUGAGUAAAUGUCUUAUUCGACAUCAGAGACUUCACACAGGUGAAAAGCCCUAUAAAUGCAAGGAGUGUGGAAAAUCUUUCAAUCAAAAUUCAUACCUCAUUAUACAUCAGAGAAUUCACACUGGGGAGAAACCUUAUGAAUGUAAUAAAUGUGGGAAGAUCUUCAGUCAUAAUUCUAGCCUUCUGGUACAUCAAAGAACCCAUACUGGGGAGAAACCCUAUAAAUGCGAUGAUUGUGGGAAAGCCUUUAGUGACAGCUCACAGCUCACGGUGCACCAGAGAGUUCACACUGGUGAGAAACCCUAUGAAUGUAUUGAGUGUGGAAAAGCCUUCAGUCAGCGUUCCACUUUUAAUCACCACCAGCAAACUCAUACUAGAAAGAAGCUCAGGUCUGGCUCAGUUUCAUAAGGUGUAAGUUUCCAAGAUAGCAAGGAACAUUGAAUUAAGCUUUCUGUACAAGAAGGAUGGUUAUCCUGAUCCUUUCUUGAAACCACUAAUCAAAGUGGACCAUUCCCUAAAUGCUG